AUGCACGACAAAUAUGGUCCGAUCGUUCGUAUCAAGCCGAAUGAGGUGCAUAUCCGUGAUCCUGCCUACUACGAGGUUCUUUACUCCAACAACCAAAAAAUAGAACGAGAUCCAUGGUUCUACGGCUUCUUGCCUGGUAAUUCCGUAUUGCGCACCAUUCCAAGCGACCUGUACCGGGUCCGACGAAGCGCCCUAAGCAAGCUCUUCUCUACAAGUUCUAUGGACAAAGUCGAGCCCCUUAUUCAGGACAAACACACUCCUACCAAAACUCAUGAAAUCAUCAAUCUCACCAUCCUUGAGGCUCUCCACGUCUCUCCUCUUUUGCCGGAGCACGAACGUGCCCCAUCUCGCGUUCUCGCCGAAGCAAGCGCGCUUCUCGGUGCUGGCGUUGACGCUCCCGCCAAUACCAUGACCGAAAUUGUCUACCGCGCGCUGAGAAACCCGUCAAUACUUCAAAAGUUACGUGCCGAGCUCAAGAGCCUACAACCGCCUCCUACCAGUAGCAGCAGGAAAGACAGCUUUCACGAAAUCGGCUCAUCAGUCACGUCAGAACGCACCACCACUCUCGUUCCGUCUCGUACCCUCUUCGACCUCCCUUAUCUCCAGGCCUGCAUCAAGGAGUCCCUCCGCCACAAUCCGGCCGUGCUUUCCCGCAUGCCUCGCAUCAAUCCCGCUGAAAGCAUGACGUAUACAACACCGUCUUCUUUAUCACCAGGGCAGCAACAGUUGCAGGAACAGAAGACAUACGUCCUCCCUCCUGGCACCGUGAUCAGUAUGAGCCUCGCGGAUUCGCUCUUUUGCCCCUCUGCCUUCGCGCCGGAUCCGCACGUCUUCCGGCCGGAGCGGUGGUUGGAUGAUGGGGCUGAUGCUAAUUUUACUGUUUCUCCCGAACAGAGGAAACGCAUGGAGAAGGCGUUUGUGCCGUUCAGCAAGGGUGCGAAGAUGUGCAUUGGUCACGAGUUGGCAAAGCGGGAGAUUGCGCUUGUGCUGGGAAAUUUCUUCAGAACUUUUGAUGUGGAAUUGGAUGAGGGGGUAUGCGAAAAGGAUGUUGGAGUCGCAUAUGCGAGAGAUUUCUUUGGGCCAUUAGUGGAGAAUGGCAGGGGUGCAGUGUGGGUGAGGCUCAAGAGGGCGAUGGAUUGA